CCGCCGUGCGCCUGCGCAGUGCCAGCACCGCCGCUUUCCCGCCCGCCGUGCAGGCUUUGGGCCGCGGGUGAGAGGUUGUGGUGGCGGUGGGGUGCGUGCGUAAAGCGGUAGCGUCAAGCACCUGCUGUGGAGCUCGUGGGUGUGUGGGCGGCAGUAGGGCCCUGACGUGAGGAGGGGGUCCUGUGAGUAAGAGGCCUCCCGGUGGGCCCGGCUUCCCCCGCCUCUCUCCGGUAGAAGUCGGCGCUGAGGCUGAGCGCCGUGGGGCAGGCCCGUGGGCCGGCGGGGACAGGGACAGGGAGGAGAGCAGUUCCGCAGCUCCUGGACGUGGCUGGUGUGCCCCCUCUGCGCGAUUCCGGGCGGCUCCGGCAAUGUCAGGGCAUUUAACGGAUUUUGGUUCUCAGGUAAAAGAUGAAAGGUAGUAAGGAGCCACUUUUUGUGAAAUUCAUAAAGUCUUCAGGGAGCUCGGAGUAUUUUUUUAAAGCCCUUGAGUCUAUAGGAGAAUUUCAGUCAGAAGAACAUCUUCAGAUCCUUGAAGAAGAAGCAGCACUCAAUAUAAAACAAAAUGAUAAAUCACUUUACAUCUGUGAUCCUUUUAGAGGCGUUGUUUUCAGUCAUCUCAAAAAGCUUGGUUGUAGAAUUGUUGGACCACAGGUAGUCCUGUACUGUAUGCAGUCCCAGCGCUGUGUCCCAAGAGCCGAGUAUCCUGUGUACAGUAUGACCAUGGCCGAUGUGACAGUAUCCUGUACCAGCCUUGAAAAAGAUGUUAGGGAAGAAGUCCAUAAAUAUGUGCAGAUGAUGGGUGGAUAUGUGUGCAGAGACCUCAGUCUGUCAGUAACUCAUCUUAUAGCUGGAGAAGUUGGCAGCAAGAAAUACUUGGUAGCUGCUUCUCUGAAAAAACCUAUUUUGCUUCCCACUUGGGUUAAGACACUGUGGGAUAAGUCUCAGCAAAGCAUGAUGAGAUACACUGAUGUUAACAUGGGAGAUUACGCUUGCCCUGUGUUCCUUGGCUGUACAAUUUGUGUAACUGGCUUAAGUAGUUCAGACAGGAAAGAAGUCCAGCGCCUCACUACUGAACAUGGUGGGCAAUAUACAGGGCAGCUCAAGAUGAAUGAGUGUACCCAUCUCAUAGUUCAAGAGCCAAAAGGUCAGAAGUAUGAAUGUGCCAAAAAAUGGAACGUGCACUGUGUGUCUGUGCAAUGGUUUUCUGACAGCAUUGAGAAAGGCUUCUGUCAGGAUGAGACAAUAUAUAAAAUAGAGGCUGGAUCAAAAAUGGGUAAUACACCUGCUACGUCAACACCUACAAAUCAUGCCAGCGAGGCCAAUAAUCAUGCCCUUUCGGACGUCAGCCACAUUUCCAAUAUCAAUUCAAGUGGUGUUAACGAAACUGCAUGUAGUUCUGCUAUGAGCAGCAGACUGGAUCCCGUUCCUGAUGAGCUGGAAAACCUGAAUAUAAGUUCUUUUCAAGGCCUUGAAGAUUUAUUAGAUGGGUGUCGAAUCUAUCUGUGUGGUUUCAGUGGCAGAAAGUUGGACAAGAUGAGAAGGCUUAUUAAUUGCGGUGGUGGUAUUCGAUUUAAUCAACUUAAUGAAGAUGUAACCCAUGUUAUUUUGGGGGAGAGUAAUGAUGAGCUGAAACACUUUUUGGACAAGACGACUCACAGGCCUCAUAUAGUGACAGCAAAAUGGUUGCUGGAGUCAUUUAGUAAAGGUUAUCUACAUCCAGUGGAGCAAUAUAUCCCUCUAAACUACCAGCUGUUAGAGAACCCAAUUUUGGAGCAAUGUGGCAUGAAGUCAGUUCUUCCCAAAAAUAACAAUCUCUUGAAGAAAGAAGUGAAUGCUAUAAAGCAUCAGAAGGCUGCUGAAGAUGACUUCCUCUCUCAAUAUGUAAAUAAUGAUUCUACAUUAGAUGAAACUGAAAAGCUAAUAUCCACAACCUUCAAGGAUGUUACUCACUUGACUGCUCAAGGAGAGAAUCAGUUUUCCAUCUGUAGUGAUUCUUUAAGAGAGUCUUCUGCACUGGCUGAAGGAGGCUUAUUUGUCAGAAAGAGAUUUCUUCUUUUGGGUUUUGGUGAAGAGGAGGAGUCCUGCAUUACAGAUAUUAUAAAGGAGAAUGCUGGGAAAAUUCUGUCGCUGCAAAGCAGAACUGUUGCAGACUAUGCUGUGGUACCUUUAUUGGGGUGCAUGGUGAAGCAGACUGUUGGUGAUGUUGUCACAAAUACGUGGCUGAUUACAUGUGUGGAACAGCAGCUCCUUUUAGAUCCUCAGUCCAGUCCACUUUUCACGCCAGUCACAGUAAUGGAAGGAGUUACCCCUCUGGAAGAUUGUGUUCUUUCUUUUAGCCAGUUCACUGGUGCAGAGAGAGACUCCCUGGUUUAUCUGGCAGGACUGCUAGGAGCCCGCGUCCAAGAAUUCUUUGUGCGGAAAGCCAAUGCAAAAAAAGGAAUGUUUGCCAGUACCCAUCUUGUGGUGAGAGAACCGGAUGGUUCCAAGUAUGAAGCUGCGAAGAGGUGGAAUUUGCCAGCAGUCACUGUAGCUUGGCUUUUGCAGUCUGCGAGGACGGGAAAGAGAGCAGAUGAAAGCAAGUUCUUGGUUGAAAAUGCAGAGGCCGAAGGUACAGAGAGUUCCAUUACUCGGCUUAGCAUGACACCAACAACUAUUAAAUCUACUGAUUUAGAACAGCCUGCUUAUCUCCUUGAAGCGGGAAAAAAACCAGCUGUGACCCCUCUUGAUGUCAACAAGUUCCGGAGUAAAGCUUUCCAAGCUGUAAUGUCUCAUCAUACUGGGAAAACAACCCCUCUUGCACAUGGAGGACCGCCACAGAAAGAACCAUCUCUACAUCUUGAUACACCAUCAAAAUUUCUUUCCAAAGACAAGUUAUUCAAGCCUUCUUUUGAUGUAAAGGAUGCUCUGGCAGCUUUGGAAACUCCAGGAGAUCCUGAUGAAAAAUCCAGGAAACUGAGCACACCCCUCUCUGAAGUCAUCGGCAGAAACUUGAAAUUGGCACUGGCAAACAGCACAAGACAUACAGUAGCUCUUACUGCCAGCCCUCAGUUGACUGUUGCACAGCCAGAAGUGGAAGAAGAGCCCAAGCUUCUAGCUGAUGUUGUUAUAUAUGUUAGUAAAAAACUUAGUAAGAGGCAAAGUGAACUGAAUACAAUAGCAGCUUCUCUUGGGGCAGACUACAGAUGGUGCUUUGAUGAAACAGUAACACACUUCAUAUACAAGGGAGGACAAAAUGACAAUAAUAAGGAGUACAAAGCUGUUAAAGAACGGGGUAUACAUAUUGUUUCAGAACACUGGCUUUUAGAGAGUGCCCAAGAAUGCAGACGGCUUCCUGAAUCUCUCUUUCCUCACACUUACAAUCCCAAAAUGAGCCUGGACAUCAGUGCAGUGCAAGAUGUCACACUAUCCUCCAGUAAACUUCCGUCAACUGGAAAACCAGCAGAGGAAAAUGAGAUUAUUCCAGUGGACGAAGAUGAUGCAGAAGAUGAUGGAACUACUGACCAAAUAAAGGAAACUGUCACUACAGGGGAAGAACAAAUUGUAACAAGUGAAUCCAAAGGAGUUUUAACCCAAGCACUAGAAAUGAGGGAGAACUUCCAAAGGCAGCUGCAGGAGAUCAUGUCUGCCACAUUGCUAGUGAAACCACAAGGGCAAAGAGGAUCCCUUUCAAGGAACAGUUUUGAUGGUUCUCCAGCCACUCCUGCUAGCGCACGCUCAGUGCGAAGUGGCCGCAGUAGGCUCUUGGAAGCUCUAAGGCAAUCCCGUCAGGCAGUCACAGAUAUAAACACGGAGCCAUCCCAGAGUGAGCAGAUCAUCUGGGACGACCCUACUGCAAGAGAGGAGAGAGCAAGACUUGUCAGCAACUUGCAGUGGCCUAACAGUCCUUCCACUGAGCAAGCUGCUCCUGAGGCUGGGGUUGGAGAUGUGACUGAAGGGGUAAACAGUCCUGUAUGUAGAGAUCCUGAAACACCGAUUAAAGAUGACUUGAUCCCCACUCCACAAGCCCCCAGCAUUGCGUUCCCACUGGCUAACCCUCCUGUGGCACCACAGCCCAAAGAAAAGGCUGUUACAGAAGAUGAGAAGGCUGAGGAAGAACCAGAAAAACAACGUAAAUUUCAGCUGUCUUCUCUUAAUCCUCAAGAAAGAUUUGAUUACUGCCAUCUGAUUGAGGAAUUAGGUGGAAUAGUACUUGAGAAGCAGUGCUUUGAUCCAAGCUGCACACAUGUUGUUGUGGGACAUCCUCUUCGAAAUGAAAAAUUCUUGGCUUCGAUGGCAGCUGGAAAGUGGGUGCUUCAUCGUUCCUACCUGGAGGCAUGUAGAGGAGCUGGCUGCUUUGUUCAGGAAGAAGACUAUGAGUGGGGAAGUAAUUCCAUACUUAAUGUUUUGCCUGGAAUCAAUGUAAACCAGAAGAAACUAGCACUUGCAGCAUUGAGGUGGAGGAAAAAAAUUGAUAAAGGGAGACAAGAAACUGGUGUUGUUGAGGGAGCUUUCAGUGGCUGGAAAGUGAUCCUGAAUGUUGAUCAAACCAAGGAAGCAGGAUUCCGUCGCCUUCUUCAGUCAGGAGGAGCAAAAGUGUUUUCUGGUCACUCCAUGUCUCUCUUCAAAGAAGCAACUCAUCUCUUCGCUGACUUCAGUAAGCUGAAGUCAGACGAUACCAGGGUUAACAUAGCAGAGGCUGCAGCCCAAGGAGUGAACUGCCUGAAACCAGAGUACAUUGCUGACUACCUCAUCCAGGAUCCACCUCCCCCAAUGGACUCUUACUGCCUGCUGGAAGCUGAAUCUUACCUUCAGAAUAACACAGAACUUAGACUUGGAUUAUCCCAGAAAAGAAAAGCACUGGGAGAAAUAAGCGGAGUCAAACGAUCCAGAACACACUGAGCAGAUUAUGUGCUUUUGAUUUGUACAUGUUUUUAAUUCAUAAUUUUUUUAUUCUCACCACAAAAAUGAAAAGCUUUGAGUUCCACUUCCGAUUUGUCCUGAGAUUAAAACAACUUUACAGUAAUGCUCACAAGAGAUUGCUUUGGUUGACAGUAGCAUGUAAAAAUAUUCAUGCAAAAAAUACUUUGUUUCUGAAAUGUCCUAAAUAUCCCACUAUAAUUUUGUUUAGGGAUGUCAUUGUACAAUAAUAGUUAAGAAAUACUUUGUCAGGCACUUCCCACAACUUUCAUCUUUGUGUUGUGGGGAAAAUACCAGUUGAUAAGAAAUCUUUUGCAUUUCCAACACAGUAAGGGAGUUAGGUUUUACACUAAUUUUUCCUCUUUUGCUAUUUUAUCUUGGAGGGGAAAAGGGGAACUGGACAAAAAAACUUGUGUAUUGACAGAUGUUAAUAAAUUUACUAUAAAACAGAGGUACUAUUGAAGUGCU